AUGACGGCUUCCCGCCUCGACGCAGGACAAUCUCUGGAUACCCGAGUGGAGGACUUUUUGGACGACAAACUUCAGACGACAGCUGAUCUUGAUACACUGAAUGAGCUCCUUGCAAGUGUCGAGACGCAACGCAACCAGCUGCAAUCACAGCUCGACGAUGCCAUCAAGCAGCUCGAAAAGGCGCGCGGCACCGCCAAUGACCGGCACGUCUCGCUUCAAAGGCAGAUUGUCGAGUUUAAUCAGCUGCAGGCGAGCAUUGACACCCGCGUCAAGAUAGCCGCUGCUUCUGAUGCCCCCGACGAGGCCAUUGCCCGGUUGCAGCGUCCUAUGGAGAAACUGAAAAACGUAGAGCUCGCGCAAAAGUACUUGAUCCUUCUGCGAGACGUGGGCAAGCUUCAAGCACAAGCCCGAUCCCAUCUGCCGGGAAGCCCCAAAGCCGCCCUGGAACCAUACUCGAAGCUGAAGGCAUUGGCAACCAAGCUGAGGACAUUGCCGGGCAAUGAAUCGCUUCAUCUGGUGGACCACGUCCAACGCGUAACCGAGUCCCUCUGGGAUGAGAUGAAAAGGACCAUGUCGGAAGAGCUGGAGGCCGUCCUCGCCCAGAGACACUGGCCGAGAGUCGACCCCCAAUCUGAAAUGGACGACGAGUGGAUUGCUUGCGUGGAGAAGCUCAUCGACUUGCAGAUGCCCGAGAUUAUCCACAGCAGCGACGUUGUAUCCCUCCUUCCCUUCGACGUCAUGGCUGCCAUCUUCAUUGCUGAAUUCCGAUUUCACUUCUUGAGUGACAAGCCGACCAGCAGCCCCCAAUCGUUUGGAACGCACUGCUUCCCUUGGUUCUUGGCGACCAUCGAAAAGUGGCAAGAUUUCUUCCGUGACAACCUAGGCCAUUUGCUGGGAGCAAAGUUCAGCCAGACACAGGUCUCUCAGCAGCGUACCGUGCACCUUGACCCGGUGAGCGCCUUCGUCACCUCAAUGCUGCCCAUCAUGCGCGAAAAGGUUCACGAAGUCGCCCAAGAAGCCAUCAAGACCCCUGCUUUCCUCAGCGUCUUCAUCUCUCAGCUGAUGGCCCUGGACGACAAUAUUCGCUCCCGAUUCAACUUCGAUUUUAGUGACGGAGACAAGGGAUGGCACGGCCUUGCCGAGGACGUGCUGAAUUGUCAUUUCGACGCAUGGUUCAAGGUCGAAAGAGAAAUGGCGCUCGGACGGUUUGAGCAGAUUCUUGAAUCCCAGGACGGCCGGAAAAUCGACUACGACUACGCCAUUCUCGGCAAAAUGAAGCCGACAUAUGCCGCCGUGCGCGUCACUGAUCUUCUGAGGGCCGUCGCGGGAAAGUACGAGCGCUUGCGCAAACUAAAGUACAAGAUCCGGUUCCUCACCGACAUUCAGCUUGACAUUCUCGACGGAUAUCAUGACAGACUGCGUGGAUCGCUUGAAGUGUACCAGUCCAUCACGUCCACCCUUGGAAGAACUUUGCAUGGUGCAACAAAGGAGCAAAUGGUGGCAUUGGAGGGAACCGGUGCGUUGGAGACGUUGUGCAAGGUGAUUGGCAGCUCAGAUCAUGUUGCCAACUGCUUGAACGAGUGGAGCGACGAAGAGUUUUUCGUUGUUUUAUGGCAGGAGCUCCAGGCCCGGGACGCCCAACGGAGCAAACGAAAUAGUGCCGCCAGCGGCAUCGAGACAAGCAACGUUGUAGGCCGUGUGCCCAGCUCGCUCGGCGAAGACGCUGACGACAGUGGCAUCUUUGACGAGACCGUUUCCGCUUACUCGUCACGACGCAAAGCGGCCGAGCAACUCCUUGUUCAGGCAUUGGCAGAUUCCCACGCCAAAGCACUCCGCACAUAUGUGAACAAGGUUCAGUGGACCACGGUCGGUGACGCUGCCGUUUUAGACGACCCAGCCCAGCUUUCGGUCACUGCGGAGCUAGAUGAGCCGCUACGCAUUCUGAAACGUAAUCUCGACUUCCUCCAAAGGGCGCUUUCGACGGCGGCAUUCCGCCGCGUCUGGCAUGCCGCGCUCGACAAGCUGCAGGACCUGUUGUGGAAUGGCGUCCUCCUCAAGCAGUCGUUUACGGCGCUAGGAGCCGCCCAGUUUGCCCAUGACUGCGGCGCCAUUUUUUCCCUGGUUGAACGGUACAUAAGCGGCGGAUCGGGCGUCUUCGACUUGCUUCGCGAGGGGGUGCAGUUGCUGAACCUGCCGGCAGCCACGGCGGGCAUGGCCGACUCUGAUGGCGAUGGAGGCGCAGCUGGCCUUACGCUCAAAGAAGCUAGCGACAGGGCUUUUACAGAUAAUGAUGAGGCCAGAAAAGUACUGGGAAUGCUGGGCUUGGAAGCUCUGACUCCUGUCAAUGCGAGAAGCAUCCUGCAGCGACGCGUGGAGAACAACGAAAACAUUGGGUGGUGA